AUGACAAUACGCGGAUCACAUAACGAAGAAGAUGACCAUGACGGUGACAAUGCGUCAACUUACUGUACCGAUGAAGAUGAUGAAAAAGAACAAACAGAACAAUUACGUCUCGCUCACAGAAACAAAGGUCAAAUAUUAUUUAAAAAAUGUAAAAUUGAAUUAGAACUAAUAAAAUUAAAAGAAUAUUGGAAUACUAAAAUUUAUGGAACAAUUCAAGUUCAUCCAAGAGAGGCACAAGAAUUUGUUAAAUAUUUUAAGUUAUACGUUGAUAAUAUACCGCGCGUUGAUAUUAAUUCAACGUAUGCAAAAUUUUCAGCAUCUGGAUUUUUACCAGAUAAAAAAUAUACGAUUUAUCUUGAAACACAGCCAAAAGAUGAAAUUAACUAUGAAGGAGAAAACAAGAAUUCGAAUGCAGAAGCAGAAGAAUUAAGUAAAUUAAUUAAAGAUCAUUAUAUGUUCCGAGCUAUGUACGAUGGCGAAUUUCGAAUAAUUCGAAAAGGAGAAACUGAAGGUCUCUCAAAUGAUGACCUAGUUUUUAUAAGUGAUCAAAUAGAAAUUGAUCAAUAUCAUGUUAAAGAUGAUGCACUUAGCAUCGUAUUAUUAAAUAAAACAUUUAAAGAAUAUAAACAUGCUCCAGGUGUAAUCGAAUCCUUGGUGCUUAAACGAAAACCAGUUACUUGA